GAAGAGGGCGAGGCUGGGGGAAGGCACGGACUGUAGGGGGAGCAGGCAGCCGCUCCUCGCCGCCUGCCUGCAAGAAUGCGGCAGGGGGUCGGGGCUUUGGGGAGGUGCUAGCCCCCCAGCCCCGGGUCGGGCUGGAGCACUGGCCCGCGGGCCAGUCGCCUACUGAGUGUGGUCCAGCCGCCGAGCGCCUGGAGAGCAAGAAGAGGGGCGCUGGAGGCGUUCUCCCCCAGCGCGGGUCCCUCUGCCGCCCGGCCGCGGAGAAAGGAGGGAUCCGCUGGCGGUGGCCAGGAGGAGAGAGACCUGUCUCGGGCCGGGCUCCGGAGCGUCGGCGCCAUCGUCUUCAAUGCCUCUCUGAACAGCUUUUAGGAAGAGUGCGAGAGAAAGAGCGCGCGCCAGGGAGAGGAGAAAAGAAGAUGAGGAUUAUUUGCAGACAGAUUGUCCUGUUAUUUUCUGGAUUUUGGGGUCUCGCCAUGGGAGCCUUUCCGAGCAGCGUACAAAUAGGCGGUCUCUUCAUCCGAAACACAGACCAGGAAUACACUGCUUUUCGAUUAGCAAUUUUUCUUCACAACACUAGCCCCAAUGCGUCGGAAGCUCCUUUUAAUUUGGUACCUCAUGUGGACAACAUUGAGACAGCCAACAGUUUUGCUGUAACAAAUGCUUUCUGUUCCCAGUAUUCCAGAGGAGUAUUUGCCAUUUUUGGACUCUAUGAUAAGAGGUCAGUACAUACCUUGACCUCAUUCUGCAGCGCCUUACACAUCUCCCUCAUCACACCAAGUUUUCCCACUGAGGGGGAGAGCCAGUUUGUGCUGCAGCUGAGACCGUCCUUACGGGGAGCACUCUUGAGUCUGCUCGACCACUAUGAAUGGAACUGUUUUGUCUUCUUGUAUGACACAGACAGGGGAUACUCAAUACUUCAAGCUAUUAUGGAAAAAGCAGGACAAAAUGGUUGGCAUGUCAGCGCUAUAUGUGUGGAGAAUUUUAAUGAUGUCAGCUAUAGGCAACUUCUAGAAGAACUUGAUCGACGACAAGAGAAGAAAUUUGUGAUCGAUUGUGAAAUAGAAAGACUUCAAAACAUAUUAGAACAGAUUGUAAGUGUUGGAAAACAUGUUAAAGGCUACCAUUAUAUCAUAGCAAAUUUGGGAUUCAAGGACAUUUCUCUUGAGAGAUUUAUCCAUGGUGGAGCCAAUGUUACUGGAUUCCAGUUGGUCGAUUUUAAUACACCUAUGGUAGCCAAAUUAAUGGAUCGCUGGAAGAAACUAGAUCAAAGAGAAUAUCCGGGAUCUGAGACUCCUCCAAAGUAUACAUCUGCUCUGACUUACGAUGGAGUCCUUGUGAUGGCCGAGACUUUCCGAAAUCUUAGGAGGCAGAAAAUUGAUAUUUCAAGGAGAGGAAAUGCUGGCGAUUGUCUGGCAAACCCUGCGGCCCCAUGGGGGCAGGGAAUCGACAUGGAGAGAACACUCAAACAGGUUCGAAUUCAAGGGCUGACAGGAAAUGUCCAGUUUGAUCAUUACGGACGUAGAGUCAACUACACAAUGGAUGUAUUUGAGUUAAAGAGCACGGGACCCCGAAAGGUCGGUUACUGGAAUGACAUGGAUAAAUUAGUCUUGAUUCAAGAUGUCCCCACUCUGGGCAAUGACACUGCAGCCAUUGAGAACAGAACAGUGGUUGUGACCACAAUCAUGGAAUCCCCAUAUGUUAUGUACAAGAAAAAUCACGAAAUGUUUGAAGGAAAUGACAAAUAUGAAGGAUACUGUGUAGAUUUGGCAUCUGAAAUUGCAAAACAUAUUGGUAUCAAGUAUAAAAUUGCCAUUGUUCCUGACGGAAAAUAUGGAGCAAGGGAUGCAGACACAAAAAUCUGGAAUGGGAUGGUAGGAGAACUUGUUUAUGGGAAAGCAGAGAUCGCCAUUGCCCCUCUGACGAUCACGUUGGUUCGAGAGGAAGUCAUUGACUUCUCUAAACCCUUCAUGAGUCUGGGCAUAUCUAUCAUGAUCAAAAAGCCUCAGAAAUCUAAACCAGGAGUGUUUUCCUUCUUGGACCCUCUGGCCUAUGAGAUUUGGAUGUGCAUUGUCUUUGCCUACAUCGGUGUCAGCGUAGUCUUGUUCCUGGUUAGUAGGUUCAGUCCUUAUGAGUGGCACACGGAGGAGCCGGAAGAUGGAAAGGAAGGACCCAGUGACCAACCUCCAAAUGAAUUUGGCAUCUUUAACAGCCUCUGGUUCUCCCUGGGCGCUUUUAUGCAACAAGGAUGUGACAUUUCACCCAGAUCCCUCUCAGGUCGUAUUGUUGGAGGUGUUUGGUGGUUCUUCACACUUAUCAUCAUCUCCUCUUAUACUGCCAACCUCGCUGCUUUUCUCACGGUCGAGAGAAUGGUCUCUCCCAUAGAAAGUGCGGAAGACCUGGCUAAGCAGACUGAAAUUGCCUAUGGAACACUGGACUCGGGGUCAACAAAAGAAUUCUUCAGAAGAUCAAAAAUAGCAGUGUAUGAAAAGAUGUGGACCUACAUGCGAUCGGCAGAGCCGUCAGUGUUCACUAGGACUACAGCUGAGGGAGUAGCUCGUGUCCGCAAAUCCAAGGGCAAAUUCGCCUUUCUGCUGGAGUCCACUAUGAAUGAAUACAUUGAGCAGCGAAAGCCCUGUGACACGAUGAAAGUGGGAGGCAAUCUGGAUUCGAAAGGCUAUGGAGUAGCAACGCCCAAGGGGUCUUCAUUAAGAAAUGCUGUUAACCUCGCAGUUUUAAAACUGAAUGAACAAGGCCUCUUGGACAAAUUGAAAAACAAAUGGUGGUACGACAAAGGAGAAUGUGGCAGCGGGGGCGGUGACUCCAAGGACAAGACGAGCGCCUUGAGUCUCAGCAACGUGGCAGGCGUCUUCUACAUUCUGGUUGGCGGCUUGGGCUUGGCAAUGCUGGUGGCUUUGAUAGAGUUCUGUUACAAGUCCAGGGCAGAAGCGAAGAGAAUGAAGCUGACCUUCUCUGAAGCCAUACGAAACAAGGCCCGCCUGUCCAUCACCGGCAGCGUGGGCGAGAACGGCCGCGUGUUGUCGCCCGACUGCCCCAAGGCUGUGCACGCCGGCACCGCCAUCCGACAGAGUUCCGGAUUGGCCGUCAUUGCAUCGGACCUACCGUGAAAACCAAAAAAUUAAUCGAGUGCCUUAAUUAAACUGCGUCGGUGACUGGAAGAAACGCAGCCCCGGGGGGCCCCGCGCAGGCGGGUGUGGGCCCCGCGCACCCCCGGGCUGAGAGCAGGAGUUCACCCCAAUGCGCCUGGCCGGCAGCGCGUGCAUGAGCUCAGCUCGGAAACCCAAACUCAGAUUUUCUAUCAGGAAAACUCACAAUUUAGGUGUUUGUUUUGUUUUGUUUUGUUUUGUUUUUCGGGAAGCAGGGGUGGGGAGGGGGAGGUGGGACCUGCGAUGGGUGUAUUAACAGCAACAAAUUUCACUUGAGUGGACUUAAAAACUAAUCAGACUUGCAAGCUAGCGCAUCAAACCGUGAAGUUCUUGCUCAGAAAAACCUUCGUCUUCGCUCCAAGGGGCAAAGUAGUUCUAAAAGUCAGUGAACAUGCUAACCCAUGUCUUCAGAACAUCCAUCUAUUCCGUGGAAGGCUAUCCAGCUAAGAAAACAAAUCACUAAACUGUGAUCAAACAAUAAAUAAACAUGUAAAUUCUGUGAAAAAAAUUAAAGGAAGUAUUUACACUUACUUUGGAGAAAAUAAAUACUGAAACAUGCUUGCUUUUUAACUGACAUAAAAUCAGUAGAAGACAACACAAUUCUUUUUUCUAACCAUCUUAGGGAACAAUACAUUGCAAUAAUUGAUAUAAAUGCCAUCACUGUAAUAAACUUUAGGGAAUUUUUUUUAUAAAGGUUGUUGGUCAUCUUUGUUUGCUGUAACCUUCACUAUGUCACACGCAUCCCCAGUGUUGCAGAUUAUAUUUGUCUCAUUACCAGGAACAGAAGUGAAAUGAAGACAGGGCUGACAUGAAACCUUAAAUCUGUGAUGUAGAAUCAAAAGAGAUUAUGGGUCACUCAUGCUAUUGGUAUUAUUUAUAAUCUUGUUCUGUGUACAAAAUUGUGGUUUUUGUACCCACCAAAAAGAAAAGAAUAAAAAUAACAGAUGUUCUUACAAUAUCUACACAGCUCAAACUUCUUUCUUAUUAUGAUAAAAGUUAUUUGAGAAAUUUAUGAGAUUAUAGGAGGAACUAUGGACGUCAACUCCUG